CUAGAUCACGUCACAACACAUAACAGAGCUGCAUUUCAUAAAAUCAAGUAUACCAGCUAAAUUAAAUAUUUCUAAAAUAAUUUCCAUUAAAUAAGUAAAGCAAAAUAAUAAACUUAAUUAAUAAACAAAAGAAAAACUUCCAAAUAAAAUAUUAAGUGUCGCUUAAAUUGGUUGUGUAAUAGCUAAUCGCACAAAAAAUGUAUUAGUCAUUAACUAGACGACUACUACUAAAUUAAACAACUACGUUGUAUGGGGACGACGACGGCCAUCUUUUUUUCAUUAACGUCACACAAAUGCUUGUGAAUAGACACACACAGAAUUUGUUUAAAAUUUUUGUGAAAAUUUUACCCAAAAAACUACGUAAAAGUGCAAAAAAUAUUAUUAAAAAUUAAGUUUUUCAAUAUAUUUGCCAUAAAUUAUUAAAAAUUAAUGGACAAAAAUCGUUUAUAGUGUGCUUAAAGUUAGUGGAAUUUUUUUACAUCAGCCGAGGCGAGCGAAAAAAAAUUUUGUGUGUGUACCACCAAACGAAUUUGUGUAGAAAGUCAUAAAACACGAAAAUUACUAGGGCGAGAAAGAGAAGGUCGUAAAAGUGUGCGAUAGAGACGGCAAAUCAUCUUAUUUUUUUGCAUUGUUUUGAUUUUUGGGACUUGGUCUUGUAGUGUAUUCAGAGGUUUUCUGGAAAAUGAUGGAAAAUUAUGAACAGGCUAGAUUAAAUUCAGAUAGAUUAGAACAAUUAGAUGAUGUGCUACCUAUAAAAUUGCAGGAAAGAAAUGAAUUCUUUAAUUCCGUGGAGGAAUUUGCUGUAAACAACAAACAAAAUUUUAAUUUUGGCGCCAAUAUUUUGAACACAAAAACAAUGUCGACUUCGUCGUCGUCAAUGGCAUCUACAACAACAGCAACAACAAAUGCCAAUAGUAGUAGUUGUGGCGAAGAAGUGGUCAAAACAAAUAAUGAAAUAAUCAAAACAUUAACAUUACCGCCAACGGCUGAUGCAGAUUUGGAAGCAUCUCUAAUAGCGGACACACCAGUAAGUGUAACUGAUGAUCCUGAGGAUCCCUUUAAAAGUAUCAUGGAUAGCGAGGAGGAAGAUGAUGACGAAGAAGAGGAAGAGCAAAGCUAUCAAACAGAUAACAAUGAUAAUUCACAAUUAACACAGGACUCCUCCCAAUUUCGGCAGUCGUCUAAAGAACAUGAAGAUGACGAUGAAGACAAUCCGGAUACAGAUGAUUCGACUACAGAUUCCGAUUUCUCGGACCUAAGUGGCCUCUCCGAUAUGUCGGGUCGUGAAUGGAAGCCCAUCAAUCAACGUCCCCUAAAUUGGGUACAGAAACAAAUACAUUCAGGAGCCAAUCCCAGAGAAAUACUCUCAAAAUUUCUACCUUCUUCGGCUCAACGUAUUAGUCCGGAACUAACCGAUAUGACUUUGUGGCGUAUAUUAGCUAGCAUGCUAUCAGAACCACCCCGUAGAAAGAAACUUUCAUAUGUCAACACUUUCGAGGAUGUCAUUGAUCUUUUAAACAAAUCCAAAAACAUUAUGGUACUCACUGGUGCUGGCGUUUCGGUAUCGUGUGGUAUUCCCGAUUUCAGAUCUUCGGACGGCAUUUACUCACGUUUGGCUAAAGAUUUCCCCGAUCUGCCUGAUCCCCAGGCCAUGUUUGACAUAAAUUAUUUCUCGCGAGAUCCCCGUCCUUUCUAUAAAUUUGCUCGUGAAAUCUAUCCGGGACAAUUUAAGCCCUCUCCCUGCCAUCGUUUCAUAAAAAUGUUGGAACAAAAGCAAAAGUUGUUGCGAAACUAUACACAAAACAUAGACACUUUGGAACAGGUGGCUGGUAUUAAAAAUGUUAUUGAAUGUCAUGGUUCCUUCUCGACAGCCUCAUGUACUAAAUGUAAGUACAAAUGUGAUGCUGACAGUAUACGCAGUGAUAUAUUUGCUCAACGUAUACCGGUGUGCCCGCGCUGUCAACCCAAUGUAGAGCAGAGUUUGGAUGCUUCAGAGCCAGUGUCGGAGAAUAAUUUAAGGCAGUUGGUGGAGAAUGGCAUAAUGAAACCAGAUAUUGUUUUCUUUGGCGAAGGUCUACCCGAUGAGUUCCAUACAGUUAUGGCCAGUGAUAAGGAUAAAUGCGAUUUGCUUAUAGUCAUGGGUUCAUCAUUGAAGGUGCGUCCCGUGGCUUUAAUACCCAGUUCUAUACCAAAUCAUGUACCACAGAUACUUAUCAAUCGUGAACAGCUGCAUCAUCUCGAAUUUGAUGUUGAAUUGCUGGGCGAUGGUGAUGUUAUCAUCAAUCAAAUUUGUCAUCGUUUGGGUGAAGAUUGGAAAGAUAUUUGCUUUAGUGAGGAAGUAUUAAAAGAAUCCAAAGAUUUGAUACCCCUGGAUGAUGAUUCGGAAUUAGAUGAGGAUACAGCAAAAGAAGUUUCUGCGGAUAUUAUGGAUACACUAUCAAUGAAAUCAAAUCAUACUGCUGCUACUCCAACCACAACUACUUGUUCCGAUUCGGGUUUUGAAACUUCAUCCACCUGCUCUAAAAAAGAAGGAGAAUUUCUUUCUCCAGAAUAUAUGGAUGAACCCAUGGAAUCGGCUAGUUUUGGUGGUUCUUGCGAUUAUCGUCAUUUAUCCAUUGACUCGUCAAAAGAUAGUGGUAUAUUGGGCGAUGCUUCUAAUUCUGCCCUAACACCCACUUUUUCCAAUUUGAUGGAUACGGCAGAAUUGAACAAAAACAGCAACAACCUCAAUAUGCCCGCCUCUACAACACAAGCUAUAAACAAUAAGCCUGUAGUGGAUAAUUUACACAAUACCAAAACAGUCGAUACCAAUUGUUCUGAAGCCGAGAAACAAAGUAUUAAAAGGCAAAUGAAACAUCAAAGUGCCGCUGAACGUUUAUACAAAGGAACCUAUUAUGUACACGAAAAUACAGCAUCAUAUGUAUUUCCGGGGGCCCAAGUUUCAUGGUGCUCAGAUUCAGAAGAAGAAGAUGAUGAAAAUUUAGAUGAAUAUGAUGACAAUCUGCCACACAAUGAAGAUGAGGAUACAAAUCAUGCGCCUUUGUCGCCCUUAAUGACACCUUCGGUGGAAAAUGAAAUGGUUAAUGCAAUUUCCAAUACCACGACCAACACACAACAAACCAGUAAUAGUUUUACUAAUAGCGUGUUAUUAAACUCCUGCCUUCCUCAAAAACCACAACCUCAAACGCCGCCACCACAACCAAUACAAACCCACAGAAAACGUCAUUCAAAUGAGACACAAGCUGAGCCAGCGUCAUUUGAGUCUACUUCUCCAGCUGAGGCUAACGAGCAUACUACGGGCAGUAAUAGUCAUCCUCCUCAUAAAAAGCGACGAGAUUCUGCAGAACAAGUAACUAUAACUUCCCCAAACAUCAGUUUAGAAUCUUCAUAAACACACCAUAUUUUUUUCUAUUUAGUGUAAGUUUUAUUUAGUUAUUUUUUUAAUGUGUUUGUAAUAAUUUUAAAUUUAUAAUUAAGUAUAAUUAUUUAACAAAAAAGAUUUAUUUAAAAAUUA